CUUUGUUUGAUUUCAUAGCAAAAAAUCAAAAUGUCUCUGAUUCACAUCGCUCCAACUCAGCCCGUGAGAAACAGAGAGCGACUAUUAAAAAAUCUGGCCAUUGACAGGUGAACGAUAAAGGUUGAAAAAGCUCUCCAUGUCUCUUCCCUUUCUGAGGUUCGACAAAUCCAAGCUUUUCGCCAUAAUUGAGUUUAGAGGACUUUUUUGAGAACUUUUGUGUUGGGGAAGAAGAAACUUUUUGGAUGGAGACAUCAUCUACGGUAGUCUUUUCUGAAUUGGGAAUGGAGGAGAGUGGCUUUGUCAAUCAAUGGCACAAGAGCUCAAUGGAUGAGCUUGGAACGCUUCCAUUAGCAGCAGCUUUUGGGGAGAAUUUGCAGCAUUCUUAUGCUCAGGCAAAUUUUGACCAGAAAGCUUCUUCAAACCAUUCACACAAUGCCAUAUUUGGGUAUGUGAAACAGCUCAAAACUGAUGGGUGGAGUUCAUACCAAACAUCUGAUCAUUUGCCAAACUCACAAAACAUUGCUUAUCCAACCGCAUCUGUUUCGGCUUCCAACUGCACGAACCAAAUGGACUUCACGAGGCCGAAAGAGGAAGUUGUGUGUCCUCAGAGUAUCAGCAACCUCCCUUCUGAUAUGUUGAUUUCUCAGGGCUUGUUUCGCCACCAAGGCCAUAUAACCAAAUCCUACCAUGGAACGAAGAGAACUGCUACAAACAGUAGAUUUUCCCAGGCUCAAGAUCACAUUCUUGCAGAGCGGAAACGGCGAGAGAAGCUCAGCCAGCGGUUUAUCGCUUUGUCUGCUAUAGUUCCUGGCCUCAAGAAGAUGGACAAGGCUUCUGUUCUUGGAGAUGCCAUAAAAUACCUGAAACAACUACAAGAGAAAGUGAAAAUACUAGAGGAACAAACCCGAAGGAAGGACAUCGAAUCCGUAGUAUUCGUCAAGAAAUCCCAAGUUUCUGCUGAUGGGAACAACACAUCGAACGAGGAGGAUGAGCCACUUCCCGAGAUCGAAGCAAGAUUUUGCGACAAAAAUGUCCUCAUAAGAAUACACUGUGAGAAAAGGAAAGAUGUCAUAGAGAAGACAAUUGCUGAAAUUGAAAAGUUGCACCUAACAAUAGUCAACAGCAGCGUUAUGUCAUUUGGGAGUCUUGCUCUUGACAUAACCAUCAUCGCUCAGAUGGGUAACGAAUUCUCUUUAACGAUAGAGGACCUCGUGAAGAAGUUGCGAUCGACCUUCGGGUCGUUCCAAUGAGAAGAUAGAAGAAAUCUUUUCAGCUCCACCUGCUGCUGAAAAGUUCCAAAUAAGAUUAGGAGCAGCCCUUGACCUACAGACACAAAAUAAGAACAACCAUAUAAACUGUCCCUUUCUAAAGCCCGUAUGUUUACAGGUCUGUGAUGUUCCACCAAAUUUAGACCAAUACCCUUCAAGCAAACCAGUUGUGAGAUUCACAUUUCAGGUGGGUUUUUUCUUUCCUUUUUGCAUGUUGAAUCAUGUUCUGUCACCUGCCUGUUACAUUAGAAGUGAUCUCACAGCUUGUUUGGAGGGUUUUUUCCCAGGAGGCUGCAAAAGGAAAAAUGCAGCAAAAUUCUGUGGUUUUUCCUUAGGGAAAAUGGGUUUUUUAAAGUUUGUUGAUCAAAACAGGCCUUUGUUUUUUCAGUUCAUUAUUGUUUUCUGUUUGAUGUUUUAGAGGCAUCCCAUUGAAAUGUCUUGGCCUCUUUUUUCAGUGACUUUUGUUUGUAAUGCCUUGUUUGGAAGUGGUGAAAUAGUUAAAAACUUUCUUUCUUUCUUCCUUA